UUGCAGACAAGACUGGUUGAAGAUGCCCAAGCGCCCAGAUUAUCAGUGGUCUGCCCCAGAGGGGGUUGAAUCUCCGAAACUCCACCUGUACAAUUCCAUCACUAGAAAGAAGGAGCUGUUUAAACCUCAGAACCAUGUAGUUACUUGGUACAGCUGUGGACCAACAGUCUAUGAUGAUUCGCACAUGGGUCAUGCAAGAUCGUACGUCAGCUUUGACAUCCUGCGGAGGGUAAUGCAGGACUAUUUUGGAUAUCCUGUCAAGUAUGUUAUGAACAUCACUGACAUUGAUGACAAGAUUAUCAAGCGGGCUCGCACCAGAUACCUUGUCAAGAAAUAUAAAGAGUCACAGGUUACCAAGGAUAAAUUGGUUGAAGACAUUUUCUCAGCCAUGGAACACCACAAUUCCAUCAUUGCAGCAACAACAGAUCCAGAUAAACUCAAAAUGCUGGUUGAGGAGGUGCAGAAGGUGAAGAUUGCUGCAGAUGCUUUGCAGAGUGUUGCCAGUUCAGGGAAUGCCGCUGAGAUCAGCAAGCACCAAGAUCAGCUGAUGGCCAGUGCUGAGAGUGUGCUGGGUGAAUGGCUGGACAAAAUGAAGGGGAAGGACGUCACGGAAAACUCCAUUUUCGCAGACUUGCCACGGCAUUUUGAGAAUGAGUUUAACAAGGACAUGGAUGCUCUCAAUGUACUUCCAGCUGACAUUGUAACCAGAGUGUCUGAGUACGUGCCUCAGAUUGUGGACUAUGUGAAAAAGAUUAUCGACAAUGGCUAUGCUUACGAAUCUUGCGGAUCUGUUUACUUUGAUGUGGGAAAGUUUGAUGCGGAGCCAAACCACUAUUAUGCCAAGCUUGUUCCUGAGGCCUAUGGUAACCAGGAGGCUUUGGAAGAAGGUGAGGGAGCGCUCUCUACCACUGCCGCCCAGGAGAAGAGGAGCCCCAACGACUUUGCGCUGUGGAAAGCCUCAAAGCCUGGUGAGCCAGCGUGGCCCUCUCCCUGGGGUCCAGGCAGGCCAGGGUGGCACAUUGAGUGCUCUUGCAUGGCCUCAGACGUCAUUGGAGAGUCUCUUGAUAUCCAUACAGGUGGUGUUGAUCUGAAAUUCCCUCACCAUGACAAUGAACUGGCACAAGCGGAAGCAUAUUACAACAAUGAUCACUGGGUGCGGUACUUCUUGCACACGGGUCACCUGCACAUUGACGGCUGCAAGAUGAGCAAGAGCCUCAAAAACUUCAUAACCAUCAAGAAGGCCCUGGAAGAGACGUCGGCUGCCCACCUGCGUGUAGCCUUCCUCCUGCACGCCUGGAAGGACACGUUGGAUUACAGCUCGAACACCAUGGAAGGAGCCAGACAAUUCUACAAGAUGGUCAGUGAAUUCAACCUAAAUGUUCAAGAUCUGGUUCGUCGUAUCGGAAACACCAGCACACAAUGGAGUAGUACCGAGAUGCCGGUUGAGGCAACAUAUAAUAACACAAGAGUAAACGUUCACAAGGCGCUGUGUGAUAAUAUUGACACCAGAACAGCACUAGACCAUAUGAGGGACCUCAUUACAGAAGCCAACAAGUACAUGAAUAACAAUCAGCAGGUCAACUCUCAACUGAUGAUCAACAUAAACAGCUAUGUCCUGAAAAUGAUGAACAUGUUUGGUGUUACCAUUGGUGAUCAGAGUGGAGGCAGUGGCCAGAGCUCAGAGAGCCUUCUUGCGGUUGCUGAAGUAGUGGGAGAUGUCCGAGAAAAGCUCCGCCAGUGGUCUAGAGGAAAGGAUGUAGAUGCCAAAGACCUCCAGGGUAAACUCCUAAGCCUCUGCGACAGUAUUCGUGAUGACAUGCUACCUCCGCUUGGGGUCAGGCUAGAAGACAGAGAUGGAGGUGCACCAAGCAUUAAGCUUGUAGAUGCAGCAGAGCUUAUGCAAGAGAUCAAGCUAAAGAAAGAGCAAGAAGCUGCCAAGAGGGAAGAGAAGGAGAAGAAGAAGGCAGAACAGGCAGCGAAACAAGCUGCCAAGGACAAGGAGGUGCCCAAGGACCCUAAGGACAUGUUCCGCACCCCUGAAUAUUCACAGUGGGAUGAGAGUGGUCUGCCAACGCAUGACAAGGAAGGCAAGGAAAUCACCAAGAGCCAGUCAAAGAAACUUGCCAAGCUCAUGGAAGCCCAGAAGAAGAAAUUUGAGAAGUGGCAAGCACAACAGGCGUAGCAUAAUUUGUAAAAUAAUUUUUGCUUCCGUGAUCUGUUAGGUGGAAUGUGAUUAAUAAAAGAUAUUCUGACCGAAGUUGAUUUACUUGUCAUUUUGUGUGUGCAUGAACAGUGGAUACCUGAUGUGAUUUCAGCUUUAAAUGCAUAACAAUGAUUUGGGGAUAUUGGUGAUUGGCAUUAAGUGAUAAUUUUUUUUAUAACAUUUAAUCAUAUCUGUUCAAAGAUGUGAUAACUAUUGCUGAUCUAGUGCCUGUUUUGCUUUUUUAGCCAAAGUUCAAUACUUACAGGCAGAGACAGAGACAGAAACUGAGACAGAGACAAACUGAGACAGACAGAGACAGAGACAGACAGAAACUGAGACAGAAAGAGACAGACAGAGACACACAGACUUGAAAUAGUAUGAAAGUUAACACUGAUGAACCUCUCACUGGUGAUGGGAACUUUUAUUUUUUGUAUUCUAAACCCAUGUAUGAAAUAGUCAUUGUAAUAGAUUCUUUUCAGUGACAAAGAUCGAAAGUAUUUUCGUACUUGCUUACAUCCGUAUAAAUGUGUGUAUGUAAUCUAAGGAUGCCUGUAAGUGUAGACAGACUUAUGCAUGUGUUGUAAGUGUGCCUUUGCUACUUAAUUACUUUAUUACUUGACACAGCUUUUUACAUCAUAUUUAAAUUGCAUUAAUUGUGUUCAGUCAUUUACAGGCCAACAGUGUUUGAAAUGUUAAAGGUUUAUAUAAAUAAAGAGAAUCUUUGUAUAGAAUAGAUUUAUAUAUAAAAGCACUGAGCUGCUUUUAAUAUAUUUUUGUAAUUCACGACAAUCCAACAUUGGGCAUAUGUUUUUGAAUUUUAUAUUAACUUUGAUGUAUGAAUUACAUAUAAAUUUAUGAUUGGAAUGAUUGGAGAAAUAUAUUGGAGAUACAGAGCUUGAGGAAUGCAGAGAACUUCUUAAUGAAUAUAAUCUUUGAUGAAAGACUGGAUUAACAAAUCAGUUUAUUUAAGUGUUUCUUCACUGAUAAUCAUAGUAACACUCCAGGUUUGAUUACUUAUGUUAUAAUGCAAUAUUUUUUUCGAAUAACUUGUAAUUGGUUCCAUUGUGAAUAAAAGAAGGAUAGCAACAAAUUAA